UGAAUUUCCAGUUCUUUAUAGCUUUGCAAUUUAUUUUCUUACAUCUCAACGUUUCCUCUAGCAAAUGUGUCAUUUGAAAGAAAGGUCGAUUCUUAAGUUAAGUGUUGUAAAAUUGAAAAAUUUUUUAACUAGAAAUGGAACAAGCAACAACGGAAUCUGACUUGCCUUACUCCUUUGACAGUGGAGCCUAUCUCAAAUUGGUCGCAAGUCACGUGUUGACUGACAAAAGCGACAGCGAUAGCGUUAAGCAACUUCAUCCCGUGGACAGCUUCACUUCGCUCGGUGACCAUGAGACGAAAGUUUGCUACUGUGUGUGCAAGGUGUGCCGUGAGCGCAGGAAGACGUCGAUCUGCAAGGAAACCCAGUAUCAGGUGGAGUUCCAACUGCACGGACUGAAAGCCGACGAUAAGAAGUUCGUUUCGAAGAUGAUCAAGCAUUGCCGCAAAGCCAAUCUCAGUGGCUACAUUAUCUAUACAUAUGAACGUGAGGAUGCAACGGGCGUCAUGGCCGGUGCUAUCAAGGACAUAAAUGAGGUCAAGGAUUGGCUGUUAACACAAAAUAAUUACAUACCCGAGCCGAUGAAUGAGAACAUCUAUUUCUCCUGGUUCCUGGUGUCGCGCAAGCCGUCUCACCUGCAAUUCGACGAGCGCGUCAAUCCGCCACAAUCGACUGAAAAAUCCCUAGAAUUCGGCUCAAGCGAUUAGAGCAACGAACUUUUCUCGCAGUGUAAUGCAGCUGACUCGUGCUGCCAACAGCGUGUACCCAUUGUUCAACACUGUUUUGUUUUUUAUUUUUUUGGGCCUCAAUCUCUUAAUUAAAUAUGCGACUAACUGGCACCCGAAGCAACAAAUUUAUAUAUAUCUCGACUAAGCUCAGGUCGAACUCAAAGAUCGUCGUCGUUUAGUGUCGAAAUUGUGCAAGUUUUUGAUUUUUCCUGCUGCUGUUUUGCUGACGUUGUUGUUUAUGUUUCGUUUGUUAUUGUUGCUGCUGUUGUAGUAAUCACACAGCCCGCGAACAAGAAAUUAAAUCAGCCAAGGUUAUCUGGCAUUAAUAA